AUGACACUGAAGCUCGGAUUCGUCAACGUUGUCGUAACUUCCUCUGCAGAAACGGUGAAAGAAAUUCUUCAUACUCACGAAAUGGAAUUCAUAGGUAGGCCCAUUCCCGAUGCGGACACGACAGAGAACGGGUCCGAGCUCGCUCUACCGUGGCUAUCGGUGGGCCCCUACUGGAAGAAACUCCGGGAAAUAUGCAACGCCCAUCUUUUCACGCAUGCGAAGCUAGAUUUGAUCCAAGAACUUCGCAAUCAAGUGAUGAGAAAUAUGACCGAACGUGUGUUUCGAGCUCAAGAACGUGGAGAAGCGGUCGAGAUUAAAGGACUAGCUUUUAGUACUAUCGUGCAGUUGUUGUCGAACUCGAUGUUUUCGGACGAUUUGUUGGAUCCUGCAUCGGGUGCAAUGGAGGAGCUGGAAAUGCUUAAUGGUAAUAUAAUGGUGUUAUUGGGGAAGCCAAACUUUGCUGAUUAUUAUCCUUUCUUGAGGCUAUUUGAUUUGCAAGGGAUUAGGCGUGAGAUCAGAAAGUCGUAUGAUACAUUGCAUGGAUUGAUCGAUGGCAUUAUUGAUAUAAGGACGGAGCGUCGUCGUCUGAGUGGUGGAUCGGAUAGGGUUCUUGGAUGUUCUUCUCGAUUAUAUGGAAGAUGGAGGACCUCAAGGCAUUUCGGGUAA